AUGCGCGAUGCAGUUGUGGAACAGCUCGGGGACGUGACUGAUAUAGCCUAUCUCGAUUGCUUGCUGGCCAUGUUCCCCUGGACCUUAACUUUCCCGCCUAUUGCCUGGGCUGGAAAGCCUGCACUUCAUGACCUUGGCUUUCGAUCUAGUUUCGAGUAUUUUGCCGCGAACCUCACUGAAUUUCUCUUCUUCAUGUUGGUGUCCCCUGCAACGUAUCCUUACUUGCUCCGGUGUGUGAAGUAUCUCGACGAGAGCCUCGACCCUGGCCUGGCACGGGCAGCCGCAGCUUUCUUCUGCGGGUCCUUGAUCUUCAGUUUUGUGCAGCUUGAGACAGCUUUCGUCUCUGCAUCACUGGAGAGCUUUAUCAUCACACAGCACCCAGCUUUCCUUGGUUUCUUCGUGCUCGCAAUUGUCGCCGCCAUGUUCCAGCACUACACACUCUUCGGGGCAGGGCGGCCGCAACAGUCCAGCAGGGAG